AUGAAUUAUGGUACAGAUGUAGUUACCCAUACAAAGCCCAAGUCAAGGCAGAAUAAAGUAAGUUGUAACGUAGAUGAUUUAACGUCGAGAGCUAUUGGUGAUUUCGGUAGAUGGCAAUGCCGGAUAAGCGCUCUUAUGGCACUACUAAAGCUGCCAAUAGCUUGGUACCAAUUAAAUAUAAUCUUUUUGGCGCCACCACAAGAGUUUUGGUGUAUUAAACCAAUUAUGUUUGACAAAUACUCUGACGAAGAGUGGCGUCAAAUGUCAGUGCCGCGAAUUGAAGAAUUUCCAUGUUUGAUUUUCGAUCCGAAUAUGCUUAUUCGGACACACAAAAUAAAUAAAUAUAAAAUACCGCUAGUCGAGUGCACAAACUUCACUUACGACCAGGCUUUAUUCACUAGGACCAUCACAUCUGAAUGGAAUUUAGUAUGCAGCAAACAUUGGUUGGUUCAUUUGUCACAAUGUGUGAUGAUGUGGGGCGUACUUCUCGGAGGCAUAAUUUUCGGAAUAUUGGCUGACAAUUAUGGUCGAAAAGUUCCACUCAUUGUCGCAAUAAUUCUUCAAAGCGAAGCCAGUUAUAUUUCCAGUAUGAUCCCAUGGUACUGGGGUUGGUUAUUUGUUUGGUUAAUAUUAGCCCUGGCCUCUGGAGGCAUUGGGAUUAUAUCAUUCGUAAUAUGCAUGGAGGCAGUUAGUGGCAAAUGGCGAACAAUUGUACCAAUAAUCUAUCAAUUGCCAUUUGGGCUAGGAAGUUCUGUUAUGGCUGGAAUUGCUUAUUUCUUCAGAGAUUGGAGACAACUAGAAUUCAUUUUGGCGAGUAUUUCUGCAAUAUACAUUUUGUAUUGGAUUUGGGUACCAGAGUCACCGCGGUGGUUACUAGCGACAGGGCAAAUAGAUAAAGCUCUAGAGGUGUUGAGAGUGGCAGCGAUACAAAAUAAGAGGGAAAAUAAUUUGAAAGAUAUUGAAAACUUGUUAUCUAAAUGUAAAGGACAGAAAAGUAAGAAUCCCGGUUUCAUAGACUUCUUCAAAUCAAAAAAUAUGAGAAAAAAGACUCUAUUGUUGUCCUUAAGCUGGUUUUGCACAGGAUUAGCAUUCUAUACUUUUUCACAAUACCUUGGCCUAAUUGGGGCAAAUAUUUUUUUAACUGUAGCAUGGAGCGGCAUUAUUUCAACUCCAGGAGCAAUUUUAUGUAUUUUCAUCGUAAUGAAAACUGGUAGAAAGAUGACGGUCUGGAUAUUCCAGCUUAUGACAGCAAUGUGUUUUGUAUUUAUACUAUUUACACCUAAGGAUAUAUUUGUCAAAGAUUGGCCAAGACUAUUAUUUGCUGGCGUCGGAUUUGCGGGUUUAGCGGGAACGGUGCCAGCACUGUACCUUUUCUCUGGCGAGCUGUUUCCAACUCUCGGACGUAAUGCAGGCGUUGGUGGAGUUACUAUGUUUGCUCGCAUUGCAGCAAUGAUAGCACCGGCGGUGGUCAGUCUGGACGAAAUAUUACCAGACCUCCCGCUAAUAUUACUGGUCAUCACUUCUUUUAUUCAAAUGCUAUUUAUUGUACCCCUGCCUGAAACAAAAAACUGCCCCCUACCCGACACUUUGGAGGAAGCAGAAUGA